UUCCACAUGUGCCCAGCGCCAGAAUAAACCACAUGCCUACUUUAUAACUCAUUUGCUUUGAAUUGUAGAGUUCUUCCACGAAUCAACCAAGCUGCAGAUUGCUUUAAAUUCCCUGUAUUUAUUGAAUAUUCUGUCUGAGACAUCUUCUGCUGUACUCUUCAAGAAAGGCGGUCUUAGUAUGUAACGGUGGCUGAUUUCUAAGAUCAAAGAGUAAAUGUUGUCUUUCACCAGGGGUCUCUGAAGUCACAGACCCUCCCUGUCAGGGAAUCACUACUACCCAACAGCCUGCUUCUUGCUUUCCUUGCUGGCAGAGGCUGUGGCUGCUGCUGGCUAUCUGUGCAGUGAUCAGGAUGUUCCUCACCUGCCACCUUGCCCUGGGCCAGCUCGCUGCGAGGGGUGGGUUUCGCUUUUGCCAUUUUCCCCUGGUGAGUGUGGCAGUGUGCUGGAGGAAGGUGGGGCUGGCCUAUGGCUAUAUAGCACUGAGACAAUUCAAAUGCUUAAAUUUUCUUAAUAUCUGGCCUGCAGAAGCCAACCCUUCUCCAGCAGUGGCAUGGCUGUGCACUCCAAGGCCUAGUGGGAGGGCCUGCUAGUUCUUUUGUGUGGGCCAGGCCUCAGGCUUUGUUUUAGACCUCAGAGAGAGGUUUCCAGGCUGAACUGUAUGUUUGAACACAGCGAGGUACCUCUACUUUUGUACUGUUAGGCAUAUUUUGGCUUAAAGCAGAUUUAAAAGAAGAUGCUUUCUUAAACUAUUUAUUUCUGUGUUCAGCUUGGGGAUCUUCAGGCUCAAGAGCAGGGGCUCCCUGCAAGCCCCAGGGAGUGUCAAAGCACAAAAUCUGAGUGCUGUAGCCUACCAUGGCCUAAACCUACCAUUUCUUUGGGGGAAUCUGUGGGAUAAGGGGGAAGCCAGCUUUAAAAAUGUCCAAAGAGGGUAACUGUUAAUGUGAAAAGAACCUAAGACUGUGUUGGGAUUGUGAAUAUCAAGUUAACAUCUUUCCCAAAAAUGUGUCCAUUGUGUGACUUCCCAUCAUAUCAUUCCUUCUCUUGUGCCUGUGGCAGGUGAUGCAAGCUCCUUGAGGCUGGGGUUAUUUUUCCUGAAGUGUGCCGUUGGCACAAGGUGUGGUCUGGGUUCUCUUAGAGCCCAGGUGGUUGGGCCUGAGUGUGAAGGUGGAGCUGAAGCAAACGGUUUAAUGAAGACAUGAGUGGGUGAGCUGGCUGUAAUGUGUUUCAAGCAGUUGUCUUCAGUAUUUGGCAUCUUCUGUUUGUACAGGACCUGCCCUGAGGAAUCACGGGCCUGAGGUGAAGUUCUCCAGAUGUUGCUGCAAUGCAUGGGGUCACAGGGUGAAAAAGAUGGAGAGAGCACUUUGGAGUUGGCUCAGAGUUCUCUUCCAGCAGAGGUUCUUUGUGGGCACGCACCUUGAGGUCCCCCUUGUAAUUCCUGGAAUUACAGAGGAGCAAGGGUGUCAGAGCUGCUGAUCAUACUUUGCUCCAUGAAGUGGAGUCAGAUUUACAGAUCUGUCAACACAGAACGCCAACAUGCUGCACCAAAAAAAUGGAAGAAAGCUACCAGGCAGCUGUUCGAAGGGAGAGGUAUCAGAGUAUCCAGGCAAUGAAUUUUGAACUGAAUUACAUGAUUGUUGGUCAUAUCACAGCUUUUCAAGAGGCCUUUGAGUCCUUGCUUCGCUUAGCUGAAAACCGCACAAGUUCCCUGUUUGGGACAGCUUACAGACCUAUGGCAAAAGAAGCAGCAGAGCCUGUUAAAAAGCUUUUUAGAGACAUCUCUCUCUACAUCCUGGGAGCAGAGACUACAGUGGAAGGUGCAGUAUUACGGUUCUUUGACAGUCUCUUUCCUCUUGUGUAUAGUCGGCUAAUAAACCCAGGAAUUACAGAUUUAUCAGAGGACUAUACAGAGUGUCUAAGACGUACGAGGCAAGACGUAAAUCCUUUUGGACGCUAUUCUAAAAGCAUGGUUACAGAGCUGUCAAAAUCUCUUUGGGCAAGUAGGAUGCUCAGCCAGGCCCUCAGUCUGGGCAUCGAAGUAAUAAAUACUACUGAACGUGCAGUUCUCAGCAAGGAAUGCAGCAGAGCGCUGGUGAAGAUGCAGUACUGCCCUCAUUGCCAGGGCUUGACGCUAAUCAGACCCUGUGUCGGAUAUUGCCUCAACGUAAUGAGGGGCUGCUUGGCCAGUGUGUCAGAACUGGAUGCCCAAUGGAGGGAGUAUAUCUCCACGCUGGAGUAUCUGACGAACGAGAUGGCUGCCUCUCAUGACCUGGAAAUGGCACUGACAGGAAUUCGGAACUCCAUCAAUGAAGCCAUCCUGCAUGCACAGCUGAAUGGACCACAGCUCUCUGCUACAGUUGAUAAAGUGUGUGGACAGCCCAAACAACGAGAAGGGAACCUGUCAUCAGACCAUAUAGUGCCAGUGAAGGAAGCGACUGAAACCCAGGCACUUGUGAUGGCUCACGCUAGUCUGAACAAUAAAAGAAGUUCUCUGCCUCUGAAAGCUUCAAAGAAUGACAAAUCAAGAAGUCUGAAAAAAAUCUCUCGAGAAUUCAUCAAUUACAUGAAGCGAUCCCGAACCUUUUAUGCCUCUAUAGCAGAAAGGCUGUGUGAGGGAGACCUGGUGAUGAAAGACAGCUCAACCUGCUGGAAUGGAGAAGAUGUUGUAGAAAGUUACACCAGCAGAGUUGUUUCCAGUGGACUGAAGGCACAAAUUAAUAAUCCAGAACUGAAAGUCAGAGGACUAGACCCCCUCAUCAGUAAUUUAAUUGAUAAACUUCAGCACUUUAAUCAACUGGAUGCUGAGAAGGCAAAAUUAAAACUGGAAAGAUGGGCUUCCCGGGAUGCUGGCAGUGGGGGUGGAAGAAGUGAAGAAAUGGAGUCAAGUGGGGACUGCGAUGAUGAGGAUGGCUGUCAAGGAUCCGGUGACAGGAUUCACACAGCAGAUAUACUCAAGGACAAGAAAGCCCAUCCAGAAAACAGAAAUGAACCAAAACCAACUGUGAAAAAGAUUGACACCACAACCACCACAAGCACUGUCAAGUCAUCCUCUAAACACAGUGUAACUGGAAGUGGGAGCAAUCCAGCCCUGAGUUCCUCACUUGUUAUUUUAACAGCACUAGCAGUUCUGUGGCAUUGUCCUCUGUAGCUGCAUUGCAAUGCAGCCACUGCACAAGCAUUUCUGUUCACUGUCAUUUAUACCUACAGCCUUACCCACAGAAAACAAAGUUAAAUGGCUCUCUAGUUCAUGCGAUAUGUUAGAAUAAAUAUUAAACAAUCUGCUGGGGUUGGCAGAUAGGAAGUAUCAUCGCUUACAGUGUCUGAAGAUAGCUUCUGACAAAACCUACCAAGGAUACAGAGAGAAAGAUGACAGAAGUCUGAGUAGCUUAAGUUACGGGGUAGAAAUAAUUGAGAACACAAAAAUUGUGUAUGUGUGUGUUACUGUUUUUCUCAGUUUUGUUCACUGGAAUCACACUGGCUGGUUUUGUUUAAGUUUUUCUGAUAAAUUAAAUGAAUGGUGAGUAUUCAAAUUUAAGACAAUAUAUACAUUAUUUCUCCAAUGAGCAGCUAAUAAGCUAUGUCUACAGUUGUAAACCAUGUUAAAGUGAAGUACUCUUACCAGCUUGAUGAAAUUCCUAAGUGGUCAAGAAGAUCAAAGCAUGUUUGAAACUUUUCCCUCUUACUGUUUAGAUUGUAGGAAGCGACAUAAAAGCAUAUGGUGUGUCUAAUAUAUCAGUAUAGUUGCCUUAACCAUGGAAAAAAUUAGAAACACUUCGUUUACCGAGAGAUAGAUAGUGAGUUUCCCUGCCCUACAAAAUGCCAUUAGCAAAUGCUUAAGCAUAUGCUCUCAAGGCUUACUGGAACCAUGUCCAGCAACAGGAAAUACAAGCAUAAUAAUGUUUUGUGAAGUUGAAUGCGGUUUUGUACAGAGAAAAAAACGAUAAUUCAGUUCAAACUUUGCAUAUGUGAUGUUAAAGAGAAAAUGACUUAAAUUUUCCAUAAAGGUCCCAGAGAUGUAAGUUACCAGGAACUCCCAUUACACACAAACUAGAUUUUGUGCAUUAUAGAUUUCUCAAAUCAUCUGUUUUUAUAAGCUCUGUAUUAUUUAAUUACAUUUAGUGUUUAAAAUUUUGUAUCAUGAUAGUUGUAAAUGUAAAGCAAUCAAAUCUAGAAUAUUCUCUAUAAUGUCUCAUCAUGAUUGCUAUCCUAGAAAAUGCCAAAAUAUGCAUUAAAUAUGCAUUAUAUUAGAAGGCUAUUUUUAAAAAAAUUAAUGAUACAUUGAUACAUUUUAACUUUUCAGAUGAAAAGUACUAUCAUAACUUCUAAUGGGGUAAGAGGUAAUGUGUGUUUUACAACUAUGUUUACAGUGCCAUUGAAUAUAUAUGUACAAACACAACUGUAUGAAUACAGUGAUUAAUGAUAAAUUUAUGAAGCAUUAUAAUUGUUAUACUUACUACAUUUCAUAACUAUUACAACAGUUUAAUGGCCAUUUUCAUGUUGUAGACUAUUAUUAUGUACAGUUUUAUAAGAUUUAAUGUAAAACAUUUACCUUUGUUUUUUGUAAAACACCACUUUUGAUACUUGGAGCCACACAGCCAUUGUCAAUCAGGAGAAAGAACCCUGUAUCUUACAGCUUCGGGCAUUUUAUUGGCAACUUUGAUUAUGAAAGGCAUGCUGAUUCAGAAAAAGUGCCAUGUGCCAGUAUUACUGUGUGCCAUUUUAUAAAGUGGCAAGUAUAGUGACAAGAUAGUAUGACAAGACAAGUAUACAAUAAGUGGACAGAGACUCACUAUAUUUGUAUGUUUUCAGAUAGCAUUAGUGAACAUAUCUAAAUAUAUUUGUGGAGGUGGAGCUUCAGUUUUGUUUUUAUUUGGGCUAUGAGUUCAUAUUUACAGACAUAAAAGUAUAAUCAGAACCAUCCAGCUGUGAAAGAGUUGUCUCUAAAAUGAGAAGAGCUAAGUUUUCUAAAAUAAUUCAAUUUUCAUGUUGGAACAAAGAUAAAAUGGAAGAAGAUACGUAUGCUAACAUGAAAUACUUCUGAUUUUUCAAAAUGGAAAGUAUAUUAGUAUCACUACAUAGUGUUUUCCAAAUCAUAUCAGUGUAAAUCAGUUUUCCCAAAGGUACAAAAAUGUCUAUCCUGUACUUUCUGGAGUUUUGAGCUGCACCAGUCUAUUGAACCAUAAUGAAAAGUUCAACUUGUAUUCAUUUUCAGUGCCCUUUGGAAAAGUGCACUUUUACCUGAGGAGGUGUGCAAGUCAUGUCAUUUGUACUAUCAAAGGACAGUAUAAUUCCUGCAGUCUUAAAGGAUCAGUUGCGACGGCUGCUGUUAGACAAUUUGGUCUCUGUGCGCACACAGAAAUGUACCUCUGGUGCUAACGUAUCACCAGCUCCUCAGGUAAUACUGAUCACUGUGACUUCACUGAAGCAAUUUGAAGGGUUUCCAUGCUUGUGAACCUGACUCAUAAUUUAGUAUUCUCAUAACUGAGAUACUGUCGUUGUUACUCGGGCACACACAUCGGUAUUUGCACACUUAAGUCUCCAUCAGGAUUCCUGUGGAUAGAGGUGUGGUUUCAGGGUUGAGCUCUGAUGCUAACAGAUUUCUGCUGGGCAGCUUGGCCUUUUCGCUUCUUCACACCUGCAGAGUGAGAACUUGAAUACCUGGAACUUGCAUGUCAUUUUGAGGUCUUUCCUCUAAAAGUUCUGUGGUUUUAGCUCAGACCGGUGAUGCAGCUAUCCUAGUAUUUAGCUGUAGCAGGGCAAGUGCAGAAACCCUUAAAUUAGGCGUGUAUGGAAUAACUCACCUAGGGAACUUUUAGCUGUUGCUAAACCUUUAAUAUAGCUAAUCAAAAAAA